GCCGGCUCCCGAGAAGAAGAGGAAGGAGGUGGACUCUGGGCCCCGUCCCCAUUCAUUGCCGCGGCCGGCUGGGCUGGGGUCCCGUCUUCUUGGGAGCCAUGGAGGCGCUAAUUCCUGUCAUCAACAAGCUCCAGGACGUCUUCAACACCGUGGGCGCCGACAUCAUCCAGCUGCCUCAGAUCGUCGUGGUAGGAACGCAGAGCAGUGGAAAGAGCUCCGUGCUAGAAAGCCUAGUGGGCAGGGACCUGCUUCCCCGAGGCACUGGUAUUGUCACCCGGAGGCCACUCAUCCUGCAGCUUGUCCAUGUUGCACCAGAAGACAAACGAAAAACAACAGGAGAAGAAAAUGACCCGGCCACAUGGAAAAACUCAAGACACCUUUCUAAAGGGGUUGAAGUGGAAGAAUGGGGUAAAUUUCUUCACACCAAGAAUAAGCUCUACACAGAUUUUGAUGAAAUUCGACAAGAAAUUGAAAAUGAAACAGAAAGAAUUUCAGGAAAUAAUAAGGGAGUAAGCCCUGAACCAAUUCAUCUUAAGAUAUUUUCACCCAACGUUGUUAAUUUGACACUUGUGGAUUUGCCAGGUAUGACCAAGGUGCCUGUAGGUGAUCAACCUAAGGAUAUCGAACUCCAAAUCAGAGAGCUCAUUCUUCGGUUUAUCAGUAAUCCAAAUUCCAUUAUCCUCGCCGUAACUGCUGCUAAUACAGAUAUGGCAACAUCAGAAGCUCUGAAAAUUUCAAGAGAGGUGGAUCCAGAUGGACGCCGAACCUUAGCUGUAAUCACUAAACUUGAUCUCAUGGAUGCGGGUACUGAUGCCAUGGAUGUAUUGAUGGGCAGGGUUAUCCCAGUCAAACUUGGAAUCAUUGGUGUAGUUAACAGGAGCCAGCUUGAUAUUAACAAUAAGAAGAGUGUAACUGAUUCAAUCCGAGAUGAAUAUGGUUUUCUUCAAAAGAAAUACCCGUCUCUGGCCAACAGAAAUGGAACAAAGUAUCUUGCUAGGACUCUAAACAGGUUACUGAUGCAUCACAUCAGGGAUUGCUUACCCGAGUUGAAAACAAGAAUAAAUGUUCUAGCAGCUCAGUAUCAGUCUCUUCUAAAUAGCUACGGUGAACCUGUGGAUGAUAAAAGUGCUACUUUACUCCAGCUUAUUACCAAAUUUGCCACAGAAUAUUGUAAUACUAUUGAAGGAACUGCAAAAUACAUUGAGACUUCAGAGCUAUGCGGUGGUGCUAGAAUAUGUUAUAUUUUCCAUGAGACUUUUGGGCGAACCUUAGAAUCUGUUGACCCGCUAGGUGGCCUUAAUACUAUUGACAUAUUGACUGCCAUUAGAAAUGCUACUGGCCCUCGUCCUGCUUUGUUUGUGCCUGAGGUUUCAUUUGAAUUACUGGUCAAGCGCCAAAUCAAACGUCUGGAAGAGCCUAGCCUCCGUUGUGUGGAACUGGUUCAUGAGGAAAUGCAGAGGAUCAUUCAGCAUUGUAGCAAUUACAGCACACAGGAAUUGUUGCGGUUUCCUAAACUUCAUGAUGCCAUAGUUGAAGUAGUGACUUGUCUUCUUCGUAAAAGGUUGCCUGUUACAAAUGAAAUGGUCCAUAACUUAGUGGCAAUUGAAUUGGCGUAUAUCAAUACAAAACAUCCAGACUUUGCUGAUGCUUGUGGACUAAUGAAUAAUAAUAUAGAGGAACAAAGGAGAAACAGACUAGCCAGAGAAUUACCUUCAGCUGUAUCACGAGACAAGUCUUCUAAAGUUCCAAGUGCUUUGGCACCUGCCUCCCAGGAGCCCUCCCCUGCUGCUUCUGCUGAGGCUGAUGGCAAGUUAAUUCAGGACAGCAGAAGAGAAACUAAAAAUGUUGCAUCUGGGAGUGGUGGGGUAGGAGAUGCUGUUCAAGAACCAACAACAGGCAACUGGAGAGGAAUGUUAAAAACUUCAAAAGCUGAAGAAUUACUAGCUGAAGAGAAAUCCAAACCAAUUCCAAUUAUGCCAGCUAGUCCACAAAAAGGGCAUGCUGUGAAUCUGCUGGAUGUGCCAGUUCCUGUGGCACGAAAGCUAUCUGCCCGCGAACAGCGAGAUUGUGAGGUGAUUGAACGACUCAUCAAGUCAUAUUUUCUUAUUGUAAGAAAGAAUAUUCAAGACAGUGUGCCAAAAGCAGUCAUGCAUUUUUUGGUUAAUCAUGUGAAAGAUACUCUUCAGAGUGAGUUAGUAGGACAACUGUACAAAUCAUCCUUAUUGGAUGAUCUUCUGACGGAAUCCGAGGACAUGGCACAGCGUAGGAAAGAAGCAGCUGAUAUGUUAAAGGCAUUACAAGGAGCCAGUCAAAUUAUUGCCGAAAUCCGAGAGACUCAUCUUUGGUGAAGAGAACUAGAUACUACUAGAGACUGUUGAAUCAACUCCAUUAGCUACUGCCUACUUCAGUAGAAUUUUAUUUAUGAACUCCAGUGUAUUGCGAUGGUAUGAUUCUGCUCAUGUGAAGACUGGCUAUAAAUGGAAAAGUAUAGUCUGUAUUGCAGAACAAAUCAUACAUUUAAUCCAAAAAAGUUUUCCAGUAUAUGUAAAAUAUAUCAAGUUUGUCAGUGGCAGUUUCAUUUGAACAUGAAAAGAACUGUUAAUGUUCUAGUAAUACGAGCAGUUUGCCACCUGUGGGUAAGAAGACCCAUGUAAUUUUUGUUAGUUGUCUUAAAGCUGCCACCAUAGUCCUUUAAGAAGAAAGUAUCAACACAACAUUUCAUCAACUAUAAUGCAUGUGCUAUAAAUUGAUCUGGCUUUGAACGAUGUGGUUUGACAAGCUACUCACCUGGUCACUGUUUUCCACCUGUCUUUCAAUUUAGUUUUUGUUUUUAGUACUUUCUCUGAACCAUGUGCUAAUAAGAAGUUGAUGCACAACAUCUGUAACAUUGAAAGUGAUGGGGUGUACAUAAUGUGUAGCUAGCGACGUAGAUCUCCACUUCUGAAUCCGCAUUGCCCUAUACAUAAAAAGUGAAAAUACUCUCUGAUUUUUACUUAAAUCUGGCAGCAUGAGUUAGAGUUCCCUGCUUACAAAUGUCUGGAUCUGACUAAUCAAUUAGAUAAUGACUGAACAGUUAUGUUUGCUUUUUAGAGGUUUCAAUGAUGACUUAAACUCUUUGGUUUGCAAAUACAACGAAAGUAAUCAAGACAUCUUUAGAAUGGGGGCCUCCCAAGAUUCACCACUGUGGGGUGGGGGACAGGGACUUAAAAGCCAGUACCAUUCUGAUCAUUUACGUUAUUAUUCUGUCUUCUCCCAUCUAGAAGGUAUUAAUUGCUUCAUAUGACAGAAUACAUGUUAUAAAAAUGCUGAGUUAAAGAGACACAUGUACUCCUAAAGAGUAUAAACUACUGAAUUGGAUUCAGGCGUUGGAGGUAGAAGCUUAGAACAAAUAUGUCCAUAUUUAUUAAAUUCUCGUAAUAUCUAUAAUCUGUAAGAUAUUUGCUCCCUCUUACAACAGAUUACACCUUAAGUCAACAAGCACUGCAGAUAAUAAAAUUUCAAGUUAGGACCAGAUAUUUAUGAUGGAUCUUGACAAGUAAGUAUGACUAUGUUCUGUUAAUGUAAUUUAUGGUACUCGUUUUACUAAAACAAUAAAGCUCAGUAGCACUGACUGAAUUAUAAAAACCCAAAAAAGGUAUUGGUACUGUUGUCAAUCUAUUUGUACUAUCGUCAUCUUAACAGAGAGUACAUGUAACCAGAAUAUUUGUUAGCAAAUUUAAAAAUCACUGUCAUCAUUAAAUGUCAGUUUUAAAUGAUAGCCAUUCACUUAUUUCAGAGUAGGCUAAAUAAAAGUCAUUUUAGCCUUUGGUAUUUCUUAAGGGAAAAAAUCUUAAAAUGCAUUUUUCUCUCCAGUAUGUCAAAACAAUUCAGCAUUGAAAAUGUUAGCUUUAAAGACAUGUUAUGGUUAUGUUCUUGCUAGUACGACAUUUUGUACAAAGAAAAAUGGGCAAAAAACCCCAAAACAAACAAACAAAACCACCGCAGGGAAAGAGAAUACCUUCCUUUUGUUGGCCCUUAAACUGAGUGAAGUUCUGAGAUGAAAAGAUGGCCUCUGGUAUUUAUAAUGGACACCUGUAUUCUGUUGCUUUGUAAAUAAAAUUGCUGGUAUGAAAUGACAUUGAUCUUUGUCAAUAAAAGAAUACUUCCUAAGGAAAA